AUGUCUGCUCCAGGAUCCUACCAGGCGGCUGCGGGACCUUCCUCGGUGCCGACCGCGGCCCCGUCUUAUGAAGAGACAGUUUCUGUUAACAGUUAUUACCCCACACUUCCAGCACCCAUGCCUGGGCCGGCCACGGGGCUCAUGAUGGGCCCGGAUGGGAAGGGCAUGAAUCCGCCUGCGUACUACACCCAGCCAGUGCCUGUCCCCAAUGCCAGUGCAAUUGCUGUGCAGACAGUCCGCGUGCAGCAGUCCAUCUCCUUUUUCCACCGCCCGGUCCAGAUGUGUUGUCCUUCCUGCAACAAGAUGAUCGUGACUCAGCUGUCCUGUAAUGCCGGCGCCCUCACCUGGCUCUCCUGCCGGAACCUGUGCCUGUUGGGGUGCAUGGCGGGCUGCUGCUUCAUCCCUUUCUGUGUGGACGCCCUGCAGGAUGUGGACCACUACUGUCCCAACUGCAAAGCUCUCCUGGGCACCUACAAGCGUUUGUAGGACUCAGCCAGACCUGAAGGGAUCGGUGUGCUGCAGGAAGGCCUUUCCGACUCUCACCCAGCCCCGCCCCUGGUGAAGGCUCCAUUUUGGUGGGCUCACCUCUCCAGGGUCUCUACCUUCGUGUCUUCUUUUGGGGGGGGAAAUAUCGCAAAAAUAACACA